AAAAAAAAAUCGAAAAAAAGGAAAAGUCUCUCUGCCCCCUCGGCCGUGCCGAGCCGGCAUCCUCCCUCCCCCCCUGCAUCGAUCGCGACGACCCGAGGCGGCAAGGGUGACCGCCGCCGCGGCAAGCCGGCGAAGGAGCCCCCAUGGGCGACAACAAGUCCCCGCUGAGCCUGAGCCCGAUGGGCGGCCGCGACCGCGACCGGGACCGGGAGCUCCUCAUCCCGGUCUCCGGCGGCGGCUCGGCGCCCGGCGACGGGGACGGAGACGGCGACAGGGUCUCCUCAUCCUCCACCUCCGCCGCGCUCUCCUCCUCCGGACGCGAGGCAUUCCAUAAGGUUGUCCGCAGUUGGGCUUCAAAGAAGUUCAUGACUGGGUGUGUGAUUCUCUUCCCCAUCGCAAUAACAUUCUACAUCACCUGGUGGUUCAUUCAUUUUGUUGAUGGAUUCUUCUCUCCAAUAUAUGCUCAACUGGGAAUCAACAUAUUCGGUCUUGGCUUCAUCACAUCUGUUACUUUCAUAUUCUUGAUUGGAGUGUUUAUGUCAUCUUGGGUUGGGGCAUCUGUCCUUAGCCUUAGUGAGUGGAUUAUUAAGCGCAUGCCUCUUGUACGUCAUAUCUACAAUGCAUCCAAGCAAAUUAGUGCUGCAAUAUCACCAGAUCAGAACAAACAGGCAUUCAAGGAAGUGGUCAUCAUAAGGCAUCCUCGUGUAGGAGAAUAUGCGUUUGGUUUCAUUACAUCAUCAGUCUCGCUCCAGAGUUAUUCUGGUCAAGAAGAUCUUUACUGUGUCUAUGUCCCCACCAACCAUCUUUAUAUUGGCGAUAUCUUCAUGGUGAAUUCAAAGGAUGUCAUAAGGCCAAAUCUUUCUGUGCGUGAAGGCAUUGAGAUCGUUGUAUCUGGUGGUAUGUCAAUGCCGCAAGUUCUGUCAACCCUUGACCCACAAGUGAUCAUUGGGGACAGAACCGGACCAAGCAGAAGCUGAAGCUGAUAUGAGCUCUUUGUGUGCCCUUUUUUCCUGGGCACGGGUAACAUUUUCAUACGAGUACAGCAAACUAGAUUAUGAGCCAAGUAUCUGUAUAUUAAGUAGAUGUAGGCGACUCACAUGGUUUGAUUGUUGGCUGGAGUUUGUACUUGGUACUGCACCUUAUGCAAGAAAGACGCAUCACAGCUGUAUCUAACUGUUGUUGCAUUCCUAUCCUCGUGCUCCUUUGAUUCUGUUGAAGAGCUGCUUUGCUUUCAUCCAAA